AUGCAGGAGAGCGACUGGGAGGAAGACAGCAAACGGCGGGGCAGAAAGGGAAAGGCCUCCAAGGCUUCAGGGGGGAAGCAGAAAUCCUCGUCGGCUUCGCAGCAGCAGCAGCAGCAGCAGCAGCAGCAGGAGCGCGGGGGUGUGCUGCUCGAGGACGUAGAGGAGGCUGGGAUCGCCUCCUGGGACUCGAUCCCCCCGCAUGCAAAGGAGGCAGUGUGGGGUUUGCUGCAGCCACGGCUGGCGCAGGCGUUUGCUGCUGCACUUGCUGCUUGCCAGGCGUCCGUGCUGCAGCAGCAGCAGCAGAAAGCAGCAGCAGAAGGAGAACUGCUGCAGCAGCGCUAUGAGUUGCUGUGCUUGGGCUUGAAGGCAUUAGAGGAACUGCAGCAGCAGCAGCAGCAGCAGCAGCAGCAGCAGCAGCAGAAGUCGAGCCCGUUGGCAGCACAUUUGUUCAAGACGAAUGCCUUCGAUAUUAUAGACAAACUCAUCGUCAUUGCAUUCAGACACGCAAACGGAGAGGAGGUGGAGGUCAGCAGCAACAACCGGCAGCAGCUGCUGUCCCGCCUAGCAGCAAACACAGACGAAGGCAGCAGCAGCACUGCAGCAGCACUGCAGCAAGCAGCAGCAGCAGCAGCACGAAGAGAUAUCUCCAGUAUGGGGGCAGAUAUAAAAGAAGCAGCAGAUGAAUGUCAUGUCUUUUUGCGCGCACCGGACAAGCGACGAACGAAGCAGCUGCUGUCGGAGCUGCGCGCUACCUGGGCAGCAGCAGCAGCAGCAGCAGCAGAGCUGCAGCAGCACCGAAAGCUUUGUCAUGCUGCAGCAAAUCUGCUGCUGCUGAAGCAUGCCGGGGUGUACGUGGAGUUCCCUCAAGAGGACUGGGCCCUUGCUGCUGCUGCUGCUGCUGCUGGUGCUCUGCUGCAGCAGCAAAACCAAAAGUCUCCAGUAGAAGGCCUGCAAGAACUCAUAGCCCUUACAGAGGCCCUAGGCAGUGGAUCUGAAGAAGCAAUACAAGAGGCUGCAGCAAACCUAAAACCCAAAGUCGUCGCAGCCACAAGCUCGGGAUAA